UAGUGCGUGGAGGGGCUGUGGGGCUCAGGUGUCUGAGACACACACAGUUCUGUGCUGUGAUGGCAUGAAGGGAAGUGCAGUUUCUGUAAAGAUGAUAACUGGGCCGAAAGGACUUCUUUAACCAAACCAAUCAGAUGUUUACAGCACAGUGUGAGGAACUGAAGCCAACCAGGGUUCAGACAGCAGCUUUGCAAGUUAAUGUUUCUGAGACAGCACCAGCAAGUGAACAUUUCCUUUGCUCUGAACAGGAGAUCAGCAGCUCAGAGAGAGAGGGAGAGAGAGGCCACGAGGAGGGAAUUCACCCCCGUCAGCAUCUGGCGACAGACAGCACAAAGGAUAAAUGUCAAAUGUGAGAAAGAAGGAAAGUCAUUGGACAUGCAAGCCUGAUGGUAUUGUCUGGUAGAUCACGUCUGGAUUCCCUGAUCACCUUGUAAACGUUGUUCUACAAUAAACAUAAAUAAGGCUCAACACCUGUCACAAAACUCACCACCAGCUCGGCUGCACUUAGCAGCAAUGAAACGCCUUGUUGGAACAUUGCUGGGAAAGAGGAAACAAAACUCGGAAACACCGAGACACGAAAAACCUGAUGAAUCAAUGAAAUGGUCACCAUCACCACAACCAAACACAUCCACAUCUGGCGGGAAUGAAACAGCGAGUGCAUCUGCAGUUAUCCAAACACGUGAUACGGUUGCAAAUCCCAAGCAGUGUUCCAGCAUUUUGGGUGCGUCGAGUGAGAUGGCUUCCAAUGAAACUGAACCGAUAGCCAAUGCAGAGGGCGAUGCUAUGAUCUGCGGUGUGGAUCAGACACCCGGCAACACACCAGAAGCCAAUGUCUUCUCUUUACCUGACUUUGAGGAAAGUCUUAAAGAUACGAUAACGAACAAAGGCACAAACACUUUAUUCACCGAGACCCUGGCCCUGUACAACGGGUACCAGCUGCAGAGACUGACAAAGUUCUAUCGGGACAGAUUGGAACAGGCCAUUGAGGAAGGUGUGGAGGACAUCAGUUCAAGGCUGACACAGAAGGAAUGUUUCAGCCCCCAGGAGCACAAAAAACUCACUGAGCUCACACACAGUGGGAGGAAGAGACAAAGCUCAAAACUUCUUCUGAACAUGGUGAUGGGGAAAGGUUCCCAGGCCAGGAUAGUGAUGUGGGAAUCCUUUGUGAAAAUGAGGCCAACUUUGCAAAAACUGAACAAAAUCAUGACUGAAAUACAGGAACAAGGUGCCAGUCUAGUGAAUGAGGUGACCAUCGACCGAGGUGUACCAGACGUCUCCAGUGAUAUGAAAGCUAUUCAGCGACUGCACAAGGAGACGUUACAGAAACAAUGUGAGAAACUAGAAGUGAAGACCAUCCUGAUAAAGGAGAAGGUGAGGACGUUUCAGUUGGUUGAUCGCUACACGGAAUUAACAAUCAUUUCUGAUCUCCGUCACCGGAAACUGGUAGAACAUGAGCUGCUGGCGAGAGGCAGAGACCACGAGGAGUGGAGACAGAAGCAACUCCGGGGAGAGCUGGAAAAAAUCCGAACUGAUAAACUGUUCCACAGCAGCUUCUCAAAAAUAAAUAAUUUACCUUCUUCUCAGGGAAGCGGAUCUGACCCUCCUACAGGGACUUCCGCAGUAGUCAGUGGAGUGGCUGGGAUUGGAAAAACAACCAUGGUGCAAAAGAUUGUCCAUGACUGGGCCACAGGCAAAAUCUAUCCUCACUUCCACUUUGUAUUCGUUUUUAAAUUUCGAGACCUGAACAGACUUCACGACAGAACAACCCUGAGCCGUCUGAUCGUGGAGCAGUAUCCUUACCUCAGGGAUGUUCUGGAAGAGCUGUGGAAACACCCAGAGAGGUUGCUCUUUAUAUUUGAUGGUUUGGAUGAAUUCAGGGCAAGGAUUGAUUUCGCUGACAGUCGGAGAGACACAGAGCCUCAGCGCAGGUGCACAGACCCUGAAUUCCCUUGUGAUGUGUCUGACAUUGUGUACAGUUUAAUGCAGAAAAGGCUGCUGCCAGGCUGCUCAGUGCUGGUGACCAGCCGCCCCACUGCAUUACAGUUACUGGGAAAGGCUCGGGUCAGUGUCUGGGCUGAAAUCCUGGGAUUUGUGGGUGAAGAGAGAAGGGAAUAUUUUCACAAGUUUUUUGAAGAACAGGAGGUGGCGGCUGCUGUUUACAGCCACGUGGAGGAGAACGAGCUCCUGCUCACCAUGUGCUACAACCCGUCCUACUGCUGGAUCCUCGCUCUGUCUCUCGGUCCCUUCUUUACACGGAAACACAGCAACAAACAGCGAGUUCCCAAGACAGUCACACAACUCUUCUCCUAUUAUAUUUAUAACAUUCUAUCACAUCACAGUGUCAAGAUGAAAAGCCCUCGUGAUGUGCUGCUGAAGAUUGGUGAGAUGGCCUUCACUGGUGUCUCCCAGAGAAACAUUGUCUUUAAUGAUGAAGAUCUGAUCAAAUAUAACCUCCAGCCUUCCCAGUUCCUCUCUGGGUUUCUCAUGGAACUUGUGGAGAGAGAGUCUUCAGAGCACAGCGUGGCCUAUACAUUCCCGCACCUCACCAUCCAAGAGUUUGUAGCCGCACUCUUUCAGUUUCUGCCUCAAAAUGCAGGAAAUCUGCGGAAACUCCUGAAUGAAGCUCACAGGGAGAAGGACGGCCGGUUUGAGAUAUUCCUGCGCUUUGUUGCGGGUCUCUCCUCCCCACGGGCAGCUCAGCCACUGGAGGAGUUUCUGGGGCCAUUUGUCCAUCAGACAACCUGCGCUGUGAUCGAAUGGCUGAAGGGAAGAGUUAAAGCUGAGAUGCAAAACAACAAGAGCGACCGUGGGAAAAGGAAUCUGCUGAACACACUCCACUAUCUGUUUGAGUCUCAGAAUCAAACCCUGGCACAGCAAACACUGGGCUCUGUACAAACACUAUCAUUGGGUGGCGGCUCUUCAAAGAUGACACUGACACCGAUAGACUGUGUUGUGCUGUCUCAGGCCAUUGCACUGUGUGACACAAUAAAACAACUGGAACUGAGUCACUGCAACAUUCAUGAUGAGGGUCUCCAGCGUCUGGUUCCUGCUUUGUACAAAUGUCAGGUGUUGCGGCUGAGGGGCAAUAAUCUGGGAGAUUGUGGAUUUGGACAAUAA